AUGGAAUCUAAAUUUCAUUCCUACAGUAGGUUUGCAUAUUUUCAGGGCUCCUGGGUGUCUAUAACCGGAACUGUAGAGGGUCUGUCUCCCGGCAAGCAUGGAUUGCACAUCCACGAGUUUGGGGAUUUCUCCCGUGGAUGUUCGUCCACUGGGCCACACUACAAUCCGUUCGGAAACGAUCAUGGUGGACCGGAGGAUGAGAACAGUCACCUUGGGGAUCUGGGUAACAUUUUGGUACAUAUAAAUGGGCUAGCCAAAAUCCAGAUGGUGAGCCACAGGCUUACCAUAUACGGAGAGCACGGAAUCUUGGGCAGGACAUUGGCAAUCACAGAGUUCGAGGAUGAUUUGGGACGGGGAGGUCAUGAUUAUAGCAAAACCACGGGAAAUUCCGGAAAUAAAGUCAUUUGUUCUAUGAUCGGUGUAGCUCGAGAGGAAUACUUUCCCGAACGUGGUCAUCUAACGUCGUUGGAUUGA